GACUUGAAGAGUUUCGACUGUACAGUAUUUCCUUUGCAGAUGUGAAUGUACCGUUCACCGAAGCCUCGAGCAACGUGGUGUUGUUGACAAAAACAUCCAAGGAAAGUUUGAGACACGGGAACCUGACUAUGAAAUUGGUGCCGCCGGAUUUGCGUUCGGAAGUGGUCAAUGUUUUUCCGAAUCAUGCGGAAAAAGUGGCGGUCAUCACGUUCGCGUCAGUGAGGGCGGCUGAGGAUUUUCUGCAAAGAGAACCGAUUGUGGCGGGGAGCGUGGCGUUGAAGGGGUUCCUGUUGCUGAGAAACAGUCCUUUACUGGACUCUUUGGCCGAUGCCGGGCCACAGAGAUUCAGAGACAACGAUGAGUUGAGAUACUCGUUGCGUUCCGUCGAAACCCACGCACCCUGGGUGAGAAAAGUAUUCCUGGUGACGGCGGGUCAAAUCCCGCACUGGCUCAACUUGGACAACCCACGGAUCACGGUCGUCACGCACGAGGAAAUAUUCCCCAACAAGUCUCAUUUGCCGUCGUUCAGCAGUCCAGCGAUCGAAUCCCACCUUCACAGAAUACCUGGACUGAGUGACAAGUUCUUGUACCUCAAUGACGACGUCUUAUUUGGGAAGGAAGUGUGGCCCGAGGAUUUUUAUUCUGAUAUUCGGGGUCAGAAGGUUUACUUGAGUUGGGAUGUCCAGCUAUGCGACCCAGGGUGUCCUGAAGCGUGGAUUCACGACGGGGCCUGCGAUUUGGCCUGUAAUAUUUCCGUGUGUCAGUUCGACGGCGGGGAUUGCGACGUCAACGACGGUACUUUGCCCAACGGCGUUUCUCCGUCUCUGGUCGACCAUGACUGGAAUGGCUGGGGUGACGACGUCGACGGCCCUUAUUGCGCGCACUUGUGCUCCAACGCCUGGCUGGCUGACAAAUAUUGCGACCAGGUU